AUGUCUCUUUACACAGCCGAUUCUGUGUUGUCCAAGCUGGUGAACAUACUCAUGCGGGACGGGAAGAAAAGCACUGCGCAACGCAUCGUCGAUGAGGCUUUUUGGAUUUUGAAACGGGAGUAUCAGGUGCCAGAUCCGGCAAGUUACGCGAAAGAGGCGAUCGAGCAGGCAAAGCCAGUCGUUGAGCUGACGCGCUACCGGCUCAGCGGUCGCAAUCUACAGGUUCCAAGUCCACUUAUGCCACAUCGAGCGACGGCAUUGGCGCUGCGGGCCAUCCGGGAUGCCGUUCGCUCCGAGCGACGAGAGCGCGGAGCAGCGGCACGGCUGGCAGCCGAGCUCGUGGAUAUCCAUCGGCAGCAGGGUGUUGCUUGGAAGCGGCGCCAAGACUUGCACAAAAUGGCUGAAGCGAACAAAAUGUUCACCCACUUGCGCUAA